AUGAACACCCUCGUCGUCUUCGCUGCUGUGAUUGCGUGCGCCUACGCCGGCGGUUAUGGCGGCUUCGGCUACGGCGGUGGCGUCGGCCUCGUCGGCGGCUUCGGCCACGGCGGCUACGGUGGUGGCUACGGCCACGGUCACGGCCACGCCCACGCUGUGGCUGUCCCUGUCAAGACCGUCUCCUACGUGAAGAGGCCCGUCGUCAACGUGGGAUACGUCACCCGCCCCGUCGUGAGCUACGUCAAGCAGCCCGUGGCCACCGUCUCCCACACCGUCCAGCCCGUUGUCUCCGUCAGCCACGCCGUCGUCGGCGUCGGCCACGGUGGAUACGGUGGCGGAUAUGGCGGCGGAUACGGCGGCGGAUACGGCGGCGCUCUCGUCGGAGGCUACGGUGGCGGACUCGUCGCCGGUGGUCUCGUCGGCGGCUAUGGUGGCCACGGUGGCCACGGUGGUCACGGCGGCUACUAA